GUAAACGAGGUCUGUUCUUUUUGGACGCGCAAGACGCAGAUGAACUCGUUCUCUUGACUUAUGAUUUUUUAAGAAGCAGGACGACUGAUUCGUAGAUUAUACGAAAUGAGUUCGUUAAAACUGCAGAAGAGGCUAGCAGCCUCUGUUAUGCGAUGUGGCAAGAAGAAAGUAUGGCUAGAUCCCAAUGAAAUCAAUGAGAUUGCAAAUACAAAUUCUCGGCAGAAUAUCAGAAAAUUGAUUAAGGAUGGUCUUAUUAUUAAGAAACCAGUAGCUGUACAUUCAAGAGCUCGUGUUCGUAAGAAUACAGAGGCAAGACGUAAGGGUCGUCAUUGUGGUUUUGGUAAAAGGAAGGGUACUGCAAACGCACGUACACCUCAAAAAGAUCUCUGGAUUCAAAGAAUGAGAGUACUUCGUCGUCUCUUGAAGAAAUAUCGUGAGACAAAGAAGAUUGAUAGACAUCUGUACCACUCGUUGUACAUGAAGGCAAAAGGAAAUGUAUUCAAGAACAAGCGAGUACUGAUGGAGUUUAUUCAUAAAAAGAAAGCGGAAAAAGCUCGCGCUGAGAUGCUAUCUGAUCAGGCCGAAGCUCGACGAACUAAAGUUCGGGAAGCACGUAAACGUCGUGCUGAGCGUAUUGCUUCUAAAAAGCAAGAGCUUUUGCAAUCUUAUCAACGAGAAGACGAGGCUGCGGCCGCACAGAAAAAGUAAUUUUUCUUCAACGUAUUGUACAAUUGUUAAUAAAUGAUAUGAAGAAAAUCUAUAAA